UAGAGAAGAGAGAAAAAGAAAAAGACGGCCUGAAGUAUACUUGUAUAUUACUAUUAACAAAGAACUGAGAAGAGAAUAUCCGAAGAUAAAAGACGGAUCGCUUUGCAUUGCAGUUCAUUUGCUUGUGAACUUGGCUUGGAUUUGUCUAACCUCUCAAGACGAGAAACGAUGAAUUAACAGAAAUUGGUAGGUAGAGUUCUCCAGCCACAGAGGCCAGCGAACUCCGACUUCUUGCUUCGAUCGGAUCCAAUAAAGCCCUUCUUUUAAGGGAGAAAAGGGAAAUCUUUCUCUCUUUUCGAGCUCUGAAUGGUCGCAUUAACUUUCUAGCCAUGAAAGAUCGCCCCUGCCGCAUUUUAAGAUCUUUUCUCUAAUCAGCUAGAUUGGGAAAUUAGAUUUUGAAGAAAAAAGAAGAAAUAGAAAAUCUUUGAAUUGCUUGGUGUGAGCCUCGUUCUGAGUUGAUCUUGCACGGCAGAAUCUCUGUCUUGAUUCGUCUACUCGCAAGUACGGUUUUAGUUGAGUAUCCUGCGUUUGAUGGCUACACCUUCGAAACUACAGACCGCCCCCUCUCAAAAACCUAUGGUUGCUGACUUGAGUAGCAGUGCGUCGGUGUCGAUGCCAGAUUGCUCCAAGGAGUUGCUGGCCGAUAGAAUUCGUUCUUCCUUGAGACUUCAUGAUUCUGCUCCCUCUUCCAGUUCUAAACCUUCCCCGUUCUCAGCAAAACCACCGCCACGGUCUUCUUCCAAACAGCCGACGAAUGGAGCCUCCUCUCCUAAAUGUGCAACUGCAACUGCACCGGAUCACAAUACCAGGACGGCUGGCAAUCAAGCGACUCCUGUUAUCCAUCAGAAGCACUCCCACAGGACAGUCGAAGGUCAUUUGCAAAAGGAAGACCUACCAAGUUCGUUUAAAAAAUCGCACAAACACAAGGGACAACCUGCAGUUGUGGAUUUAAAAGAUUGUCCUACCGAAACCAUGAAUGCAACUCCUAAUGAGAAGGUUUUAACAGAAACAGUUCCAGAGCCGGAACCUUGCAUCAAACAUCCCAUUGAUGAUUCCAAAACUUCUCACUCAAACUUCUUGUCAGAGCAGGCAGAUUUUGUUUCAGGCCCUUAUAAGAAGCAACAUAACAGUCAAUUAAUAUCACAGUCGGGCAUCAGCCAUUGUCCUAGUCCUGAUAACAGUUUCUACACGGCAACUCAAUUCACAGAAGCUAAGGACAGUUUUGCUGCCACAGAAGUUAGUGAUUGUAUCAGCAGUGUGGAAAAAUCUAGUGGAAGUGCCAAAGUUAGCAACUCCUGUGAUUUUGUAGAGAGCAGGAAGACUAGUAUCUGCAGGGGCAGCACUGGCAGUGAUGUUAGCGACGAGAGCAGUUCAAGUAGCUUUAGCAAUGCUAUAUACAAACCACACAAAGGGAACGAUAGAAGAUGGGAGGCCAUUCAAGCUGUUCGAUCUCGUGAUGGGAUGUUGGGGUUGAACCACUUUAGGCUUUUGAGAAGGCUAGGCUGUGGUGAUAUAGGUAGUGUUUACCUAUCGGAGUUGAGUGGAACUAGAAGUUAUUUCGCCAUGAAGGUUAUGGAUAAAGCAGCUCUAGCAAGUCGAAAGAAGCUUCUGAGGGCUCAGACAGAGAGAGAGAUUUUGCAGUCUCUGGAUCAUCCAUUCUUGCCCACUUUAUAUACACACUUUGAAACAGAGAAGUUCUCUUGCUUAGUGAUGGAGUUCUGCCCAGGAGGAGACCUGCAUGCACUACGUCAAAGACAACCAGGAAAAUAUUUUCCUGAGCAUGCAGCCAGAUUUUAUGUGGCAGAGGUUCUCCUUGCUCUGGAGUACCUACACAUGCUUGGGAUCAUUUACAGAGACCUUAAACCAGAGAAUGUUUUAGUGAGGGAAGAUGGCCAUAUAAUGCUUUCAGAUUUUGAUCUCUCCCUAAGAUGUGCAGUCUGCCCAACACUGGUGAAGUCCUCAAACACAAGCAUGGACUCAAUAAAGAAUUCCUUCUGUGUUCAGCCAUCUUGCAUUGAGCCAACUUGUGCAAUCCAACCAUCUUGCAUACAACCAACAUGUUUUGCACCACGUUUCUUUUCAAGCAAGUCCAAGAAAGAAAAGAAAUCAAAAUCAAAAAAUGAAGUUUAUAAUCAAGUAAGCCCACUCCCGGAGCUUAUUGCAGAACCUACAAAUGCUCGUUCAAUGUCCUUUGUGGGCACUCAUGAGUACUUGGCUCCUGAAAUCAUCAAAGGUGAAGGCCAUGGCAGUGCUGUAGAUUGGUGGACAUUUGGGAUCUUUCUCUAUGAGCUUUUGUUUGGAAAGACUCCAUUCAAAGGAUCAGGGAACCGUGCCACUCUCUUCAAUGUGAUAGGGCAACCCCUGAGGUUUCCAGAAUCACCUACUGUGAGUUUUGCUGCAAGAGACUUGAUCAGAGGUUUGCUUGUUAAAGAACCACAGCAUCGUCUUGCAUAUAGACGUGGGGCCACCGAAGUUAAGCAACAUCCAUUCUUUCAAAGUGUGAAUUGGGCACUUAUCCGGUGUACCAGUCCACCAGAGGUGCCAAAGCCUUUCAUGAUGGACUUGCCAACGACAACAGAGGUGCCAAAGGCACUGGCAAAUGACAAGAUGCCAGGAAUGGAUAUGAAACCUUCAGGUAAUUAUUUAGAGAUUGAUUUCUUUUGAUUCUUGUAAUCUGCACCAACUUCAUGGUAUUGUGGUUGAAUGGUUCUUUUCCAUGGCAAGGAGAUCAGAAAUUGUAGCUCCUCCCAACUACACAAGUAAAUUCUCUUUAUUUUCAGUAAGCAUGACAAUUCCUGCUGAAAUGAGGAUAGAACUUGCUGUUCUUUCUUAUCCGUCAAACCCUGCUCACUGAUAUUGUAAAUGAUGUAUCUGAUUGGAAAGUCUGGAAGUUUUAUCAUUAUUCAAGGAUCCCAUACUUACUCAUAUAUACAGAAAUUUUCACUUGCUCACACUGAAAAAUCAGCCAAUCACAGUUAGAUGGAACCUAUUUAAAUAUCUUUACUAUUCGGAGAUGUUGGAAUGAAUAAUGAGGAGAGCUUCGGUUCAUGAUCAUAUGAUCUAAUCAAUGUAGUCCUAAAUUUCAACUAUUCAAUAUUGAAUUUUUGGUUUA